AUGUCAGCGGCAACAGCUUCAAUAGCAGAUGUGUCCGGGACUGAUAUUACCAAGAAAGAUGACGGCCGUGACCGGAAUCCCUCGGGUCAGGCCCAGGCUCAGUGCACACCCAUGCCACUGCCUGCCCUGGGCACCCAGAAGAUCAUCCAGGGCAAUGGCACUAAUGUGGGCACAGUGAUAUCCCUGCAGUGCCCAGCCAAACACAAACUGGUAGGAAGAGAGCUGACAUGUGUCAUGGGCCCCAACAGCACCCACUGGGAGGGGGAGACCUACUGUAAACCUCUGGGUCCCUAUGAGGACUAUGGUUUCCGUGUGGCUGUGCUGGCAUCCAUUGUAAGCUCAGCCAUAAUCCUCUUCAUGUCCAUGGCCUUCAUCACCUGCUGUUUGCUCGACUGCAUCAAAGAGGACAAACGGAAAAAGCAGGAGAGGCAAUGGCAAUGGGAGGAGCGGCCCCAACAUCAGGUGGACAACAGGUCUCGCUACAGCCAUAAAGGCAGGAACAACAACAACAACACCCAGGAGAAGAUGCUCUCUCUGUGGGACACCCACAACCCAGCCCUGUGUGACGGCAUGCGAGCCUGCAGAUGUCAUCAGGUUUACGCCAAUGGUCCCGUCUUCACAUAUGGCUGCACUGCUCUGCUUACUGCUCUACCUGGGCACAGCUAUGACCAGUCCCUGUUGCCCCCAAACCCAGAACCCGCACAGAUCUCUGGUCCCCCUCAUUACCCCGGACCUCCUCCGUCCCCUCAUCAAACGACGUUCCCAGGCCUGGUCCAGAUCUCCGCAGCGGGGCCUGGUUCGGUGUGGCAGCAUGGAAGACAGCAGAGCAGUUCGUCGGGAGUGAACCCGCCAACCACAGAUGAGUCCAGGAAUAUAAACCCUGCCAAAGAACUUUCCAUAAGGAUUAUAUCAGUGUGAGGACAAACGACACAGGAGGUGAAU